AUGGAUGGAAGCGGAUUGAGGAGAAACAAAGCGACUACGUUUUUGCCGGAUUCGGUGAUCGACUUGAGCCAUGCUUUCGUCGUCCCACUCAAGCACGUUCCAUUGGAUGGCUUAUUGGCUCUUCAAAAUGGCGGAGACACACAUUUCGCGGAUAUCAGCGUGCCGACAACAAGCGAUGGCCCCGCGUCACCGAAAAGCUCUCAAAAUAAAGAGGCAAUCUACACAAUUGUCGCAUCAGUUCCGAUAGAUGAACCCGAUUUUGUCUACACUCAUCUCCUCCAAUUGAGCCAAUGCUACGAAGCAAUGGCUCUUAACCAAAAAAUUGUCGCAUUCACGAGCGAUAUGCCGGUGCGUAAAGCUUUCUAUGGACUUGUGUACAAUUCUACGAGAACGGGUUUAAUUGUUGAUCCAAAAUCGUACAAUAUUAUUGGUGUUCUUUCGGUGACCGAUUUUAUUAUGGUUUUGAUGAAGCUGUGGAAAUACCAGAAGCAAAUAAACGAAAAUGAGAGCAGCAAUGGGUUGAGCCCACAAGUGUUGGCCGAUCUCGUCGGUUGCAUGCCCGUCUCGCGCUGGAAAGGUAGAAUUUCUGGCGCAAGCCGACAAUGUGAACCCGAGCAUCAAAAGUUGGACAGUGAAACCUAUCGGGGAUUCAUCACGGCCAAUAUAAAAGACAGUUUAUUCCACGCGGUGCGAAUUUUGUGGUCUCGCCGAGUGCACCGUUUACCGAUCAUGGACAAAUCGACCAACGAUUGCAUGUUCAUUCUCACACAUCGGCGAAUUUUGCACUUCUUGUGGAAUUACUGUCUCCUUUUGCCCCGACCUGCCUACAUGAGUGAAAGCAUUCAAAAGCUUCAACUCGGCUGCUGGAAAGAUAUCAUCUAUGUCGAAGAAAGAACCCCUCUAAUCGAUGUGCUUGAUCUUCUCAUCGAUCAACGCGUCAGUGGCGUUCCAGUCGUGGAAAAUGGCUCUAAAAAGCUAGUCAAUGUUUACACGCGAUUCGACGCGAUUGCUGUUGGAUUUGAUGAGAAUUUCCCGAAACUCGACAUGUCCGUCGAAGAAGCGGUGAACAGGAGGAGCACUUUGUUUGGUGGUACAAGUGGCGGUGAUUCGGUGGUGACCGUCGCCGAGAACGCCACGAUGUGGACGGUGCUCGAGGUGUUCAUUGAGAGAAAUGUACAUAGACUUUUUGCAAUCGAUGACAACAAUAAUUUGAAGGGAGUGAUCUCAUUGUCGGACAUGAUUUGGUACAUGGUAAUCCGGCCAUACGAGGAUAAACACAAAACGAUGAAAAAGAGUCAA